AUGGUUGGAGAUUCGCCAGACAUCGUCGGAGAAGGACCGAUCUCAGAUCUGGGAGAUCUAGAAGGAUGGUGGGAUAAUCAUGGUAUCGUAGCAUGGAGUUUUGCCCUUUUCGGCUGUUUCCUGCUAAAUGUUACUCUUCUACUGGCAUUCCUCGUCCGUCCGUCGUUACGGACCAUUUCUAAUAGGUUUGUCAUGAAUCUAACCGUGUCAAACCUAUUGGUAUGCGCCAUCAUGAACCCCCUGCUGAUCAUGGACGUCACUUCGACGACGUCCGACGCCCCUGCAGUCGAGUCUCAAUCCGUAGGAAGCAUCUGCGCGAUGUCAGAGGGUGCUGUGGCCAUCGUUACCACUUCAUCCGUGCUCUCGGUCCUUUUGAUCGCUGUGGACCAGUACUUCGCGGUAGUAGAUCCUCUACGGUACCGAGCUCGCGUGGAUAAGCUGAAAUCUGGUGUCCUGAUCAUGUCCAUCUGGCUAAUAUCGAUAAUCUUCGGCUUCGUCGCGUUCUUCAACCCGAAUCCUCAAAGCUUCUGGCUAUCCUGUAUCUCCAGGAACAGAAAUUGGCCCUCGAAUAUCACCACUUUCGAUUCACUCACAAAAUCAAUGAUCACGAUAGUAGAAAAUGAAACUACCGAACAGAACGUCAGCAGUAUCGCCGAUAUAGUGGAAACAAUCGAAACUAUCAGAUUCGACGGUGACUUAAAUCUCAUAGAAAACACUACUGUGAUCUUCGAUACAUUUAUAGGUGGUACGAUUACUUACGGCUUCGUUUACGCCAUCUUGUACAGCAUCUUCGUAUAUUUCAUUCCCUUCGGUGCUAUCUGCUGGAUCUACGUGAGCAUUUAUGUGGCUGCGCAUCGAAACUCCGAAAGGGCCAGAAGAAGCGGCUCAAGACCAAUUUUAUCAUCGGCCAGUUUCACGGAAGAGCAGAAUGGUCCAUCGAGGCUUCAACGUCUUCAAACGGACACCAUCGAGGACUUUCGCAAGUUACCAAAAAUAUCGAGCCUCUCGUCGAUAGACGAGACGAGUGAGACUAUGCAGCCGACGGGACAAGUAUCUCGACGACGUUCUUUCUCUUCGUCCUUGGAGAUAGAGGUGUCUUCGCCGCCUGUAGACGACAACGCCUGUUCAGGGAUCGUUUUCACGGUUGGUUUGCAGAGGCUCGAUGUGCCCGCUCAGUGCACGAACAGUCAAGAGGAUUCCACGAUGGAAGAUAAGGAUGCGGAGCAAUCGUCGAAAGAUGCGAAAGAGAACGAACGCACGCCAGCUCCAUGGAUUUCGAGGAAUUUCGUCGACGAGAACAGCGACUCGGAGGACGACACACGUUUCGAGUGUUUCGAUAACUUGGAUGCCCUCGAGAACAAAUUCGCUUUGCCCGCGCGCAGUUAUCAAUCUGAUACGUUGAAAGCUGGCGAAACUGUCGAAGUGGAGGGAAGAUUAGAUAGAACAAGCGAUCAGAUUAAGCAGAACGAGGCCACAGUGAUAUCUGGCCGUGUUAACGGCGGUGAUCAAGGAGAAGGACGUUUGUUACAAACAGACGUUUACUCAGACAGCGAGUAUCCAAGUCAAGGUGACUCUAGAACGCCACGAAACACCGCAGAAGUUAAGCCAAAUUGUAGAUUAUCGACAUUCGUCGGUAGAGACGUUGCGUGUGAGAAUGCAACGUUAUCUGCUGGCAGUAACAAGACUGAGAAGGACAGUGCGAGCGGCACGGAGUCGUCCGCGUGUUUAUUGACACCAAUAGUGACGAUCACACCUGCGCCAAGCAGAAACGAAAACCUGCACCGUGUAUCGAGUGUCAGAAGCACUUCGAGCUACAUAAACUCUCUAAAGGAUCGUAUAAGUAACGGUUCUAUAUUUAGACACAGGGAGGAGGCCAGGGCGGCGCGUAUCAGCGCCCUGGUGAUCGUAAUGGGUCUAAUCUGCUGGUUGCCGUAUGUAAUACUGUUGGUAAUGAAGAAUUUACCACGAUCCACUGGCCAAUAUUUGCCCCAUAUAUACGACGUAUUGGCCUCCAGCCUCUUGAUCUUGGGCGCGUACAUCAGCCCAUUGUUGUUCGGUUAUCGGUCGAAACGAGUGAAACGGGAGCUGAGGAGGUUCUUCUGCUUCAGAAGGGAGCUGUCGUACAAGAACAACAGAAGUUUGAUGGCCAAGAAGGUGCUGAAAAGAAGGCACAGUAGCACGCUCAGUCAUUUCGAAAUGGACCACAAGUACAACAUCUUCAACUGCGUGUACGGAAGGACUCGAUGGCCAAAGGAGAAGGUUCAGUUCGUUCAAGUGCCGGACACGGCGCUUGCUGUGGAGACUUGCAGGAGCAGCUUCUCCAGCGGAGCCAGCACGCAGAUCUCUAGCACUUCGACAGAGGAAUGUUGAUGCGUAUUCGUGAC